AUGGCCGGAGGCGACGAACGCUCGGGCGAGCGGAGGGGUGAGGAGCGGAGAUACGGACGGACCCGCUCCCGGUCGAGGUCAAGGUCCCCGAGACGGCACCGGGAUGAAGUGAGGCGGAGGUCACCCGUCGGCGAGGGCGGUUCGCAUCGGGAGCGGAGAGCGAGAUCUCCCCGCGGAGACGACGGCGGCAGCCGCCGCGACCGCGACCGCGAUGACCCGGAGGAUCGGGAUUCGAGACACAGGCAUCGACGCCAUCACCACCAUCGUCGGCACCGGGAUAGUCCGCGUGAUACUGCCAGCGGCGGCGGCACUGCUUCGAAAGAGAAGAAGGCGGCUGCUGUGGCGGUGUCGUUGCCGUACGAGGCGCGCCAGCUGGGCAAGUCGGAGAUGGAGGUGUUUCGGCCGCUGUUGGCGUAUUACCUCGACCUGCAGAAGCAAAAGGACAUUCGCGAGAUGGACGAGAGGGAGGUGAGGGGUCGGUGGAAGAGUUUCGUGGGGAAGUGGAACCGCGGGGAGCUGUCGCAGGGGUGGUAUGAUCCCGAGAUGUUUGUCUCUGCCAAGGAGAGGGCUCUUGAGGUUGGGAUUGAUUCGCGGGGGUCUGAUAGUAGGGAGCUAGAGGAAGUGGUGGAGAGGAGCGAGGAGAGGGAUCAUGACAGGGAGAGGACUGAUGAUGAGGAUGAUGGGGAUCGCAAUGAUGAGGAUGCCGACGACGACGACGACGACGAUCUUGGACCGAGGUUACCCCCCACCUCGCGCGGCACCGGCCAGCGCUCCGGCCCCGGGAUCCCCAAUAUGGCAGACCUCUCCCUGCAGCGCGAGACCCUCGCUGAGGACGCGGCGCGCGACCGCUCGGCGCGGGCAUCGGAUCUCCGGCAGGCCCGUAAAGAGGACAGGAAGCUUCAGCGGGAGAGGCUGGACGACGUCGCCCCGCGCGCGGAGGCGGGAACGCGGGAGCGGCAGCUCGAGAAGAGGGCGGCGGUCAACGAGAAGAUGAAGGAGUUCCGGGAGAAGGGGUUAGGUGGGGAUGGUGGGGUGGCGGAGGUGGGCGAGCAGGAGCUCAUGGGUGGCGGGGAUAGUUUUGCCGAGUUGAAGGCGAUGAAGGCGCGGGAGGAGAGGAAGAAGACGGAGAGGGAGGUGAGGAGGGAGGAGAUUGCGCGGGCGAGGGCUGCUGAGCGGGAGGAGAGGGUUAGGGAGUAUCGGGAGCGGGAGGAGGGGGUUAUGAAGGGGCUGAGGGAGCUGGCGAAGCAGAGGUUUGGGUGA